AUAAACUCAGCACAAAUGACAGGCUUUCUAUGAGAAAAUAAAAACAACCAUGGGCUGUUCCAUCUUUAAAAGUUCGCAUGGCUCUUCGCAGUCUCCGGAAAUCGCCAAAAUCGUGGAGCGGCGACGGUCACGCGGGGCGUCAGCUUCAGGGCGCUCGUCUGUUUCUUCUACACCAAGAGGAUCAUUGAGGUUAUCGAGCAUGCCUAUUGAGAUCAUCAAUGCCCAUAGAAUCAACCGAAUCCUCAACAACUACAACACAUCGUCCGUGUUUGUUACGGUAGACAAGUGCCCAACCCUGGAUCCCAAAGACGUUGAGAAACUUCGAGCGUCUCUCAAGAUAGUGACCAACCCUCCCAACCCCGACCAAGAUUUACACCACUUUUCACAGUGGCUCUCCAAACAAUUUGAUAUACUCGACUACUACUUUUCAAAUACCAAUGUAGACAUACCGUCUAUACCGUAUCUUUCUCAGGAUGAAAAGGUGGCACAUCAUCAAAAAGAAGUGAACAGAGUCAUUAUAAAUUGCUUUGAAAUGGCGUUUAAUCAAAAUCUUAGCUCUGCUCAAACCACUUUGAAAAGACUCGGUGCUUUCCAUGCAGAGUUCUAUGUGACAGGUAAGGACGUGAUGGCUUUUGAAGAAAGUUUCUUAUUUUUCGUGGAGUCGAUGGACAAAACGAUGACACCCAGCCGUCAAACAGCUCUGGAAGAGCCAUGUAGCAUAUGUAUUUCAUUCCAUGAUUGUAGGCAUCAAUGAAUAUAAUGAUAGGAUUUUACGGAGUCUUGGGCCUAAGGAUUACAAGAAGCAAAGAACCAACUCCAUGUUCAAGUUAAAAAAAUCGUAACCUCGCUAUGCUGUUGGUCCUGGUGAGCUGCAGACAAGUCACGUGUUCUGUCGCCCGUCUCUCGGGUGCUGUGGAGUCAAAUAAA